AGCACCCAACCUUCCUUGCAAAGCACCCACGCCGCCAUCAUCGACUCUGCAUCGCUGUGUUCCCUUCAGAUUGUCUGUGGACUGCAUACUUUCUUCUAGAGUAUCUUCAAGAUGGCUUUUUACGAUGUCGAGGCACUGCUCGACGCCACUGCCAAGCAGGAUGAGAAGAUGGAGGACGCACCCCCUGCGCAGCCGGGCACCACCGCAGAUGUCGACGAUAAUAACCAUCAUCAUGCCAACGGUAAAGACGACUCAACCAACGACAAGAGCCGCGAGCGUGACAGGGAUCGCAGCCGAGAUCGCAAGCGCCGAGAUCGCGACCGCGACCGCGACCGCAGCCGUGACCGCUACUCAAGCCGCCGCGGCACCCCCGAGUCGGAGCGCACGCCGCGUAGCGACGCAGGUAGCCACAGAAGCAGCAGGCGUCGCAGCAGGAGCCGUGAAGACCGACACUCGCGCCGCAGCAACAGGGAUGGCGAUUACUAUCGCAGCGGUCGGGGCCGCGGCGGCGGCGGCGGCGGCGGUGAUGAUGAUCGUGAUGCGCCACGCCGUGGUGGUCGUACGCCGCGCGCUGACAGAGAUCGCGAGGAGCCUACGCCCGCCCAGCUCACCGAGGACGAGAGGGACCGCCGGACUGUGUUCGUCCAGCAGCUCGCUGCGCGGCUAAGGACUAAGGAACUUAAGGAGUUCUUCGAGAAGGUCGGCCCUGUGUCGGAGGCCCAGAUCGUCAAGGAUCGUGUCAGCAAUCGGUCCAAGGGUGUUGGCUACGUCGAAUUUAAGAACGAGGAGACAGUCGCUGCUGCUCUUCAGCUUACUGGCCAAAAGCUCCUAGGUAUCCCCGUUAUUGUCCAGCUUACCGAAGCUGAGAAGAACCGCCAGGUUCGCGAAUCUGGUGCCUCUGGAGGCCAUCCUAACUCGAUUCCCUUCCAUCGUCUGUAUGUUGGCAAUAUCCACUUCAGUAUCACUGAGCAGGAUCUUCAGAACGUCUUUGAGCCUUUUGGCGAGCUUGAAUUUGUCCAGCUGCAGAAGGACGAUACGGGCCGCAGCCGUGGCUAUGGAUUUGUGCAGUUCAGAGAUGCAGGCCAGGCUCGCGAAGCCCUCGAGAAGAUGAACGGAUUUGAUCUCGCAGGUCGUCCUAUCCGCGUCGGCCUUGGUAACGAUAAGUUCACCCCUGAAUCCACUGCCAACCUCCUGCAGAGAUUCCAGGGCCAAAACCAACAGUACCAGGGAUCCGCCUUCUCGGGCGCCGGUGGGCGCGGUGCUCCAAAUUCCAACUUCGAUCGGGCCGGUGCCCGUGACAACGACAAGGGUGGCGGCGCGAGCGCUCUCGACGACACUGACGUGGCUGGCGUCAACUUUAACAACUACAGCCGAGAUGCCCUCAUGAGGAAGCUUGCAAGAACUGAUGAGCCUCCGAGCGCGAAUACUGAGCGACAGAUUUUGAAGCCCAAGACAGAGCAACCCAAACCACUCCCCGUCACUAACAACAUGGCGAGCCGCUGCGUUGUCUUGCACAACAUGUUUGACCCGGAUGAGGAAGAGGGAGAUAACUGGGUCAAGGAGCUCGAGGACGAUGUGCGCGACGAGGCCGAGGCCAAAUACGGCCAUGUUGUCCACAUAUCGGUCGACCCCAACUCGAAAGGCGACAUCUACCUCAAGUUCGACAAGGUUUCUGGAGGCGAGAACGCCAUCAAGGGCCUGAAUGGCCGCUACUUUGGCGGCAGGAUGAUCACUGCGGCGCCUGUUGUCGACGCAGUCUACGCCAGUCUCUUCCGAGCAAAUUCCAAGGCUUUCUAGUCGCUAAUUCGGAUCCGUCCAACUUGCACUCUAGGCUUUCUCACUACCGAUACCUUUGCAUUCUUGGCUGCAUUCCGCGUCACGAGCGGUUUGCCAAUUACAGCAGUGUCACCGCUCUUCGCAAACCAUCCGAUAACGACACUAUGAUUAAUCUUGGUGAAUCCUGCCGACACAAGAAAACCCCCCUAAAAGAAACAGAAAAUCACGGCAAUUCGAACGGCAAAGGCUGGUUCUAUCCCGAAUUUGAAACACCCAACUGACGGGGGAAAAGUUACAGAUCACCUUCAACUGGACUGGUAACGCGAAAUACGAAGAAUGGUCCCGCUGAUUCUCAUAGUUUUUUGCUUCUUCUUCUUUUCUUCAUUAAUUUCCGCCCCGGUGUCUGGCACGUCAACGUUCAUCUCGUCUCCCCCAUCUAUGUUCUUUCCUGGGACAGACCAAGCAGACAGCGUCUAAGGAGGAGAUGGGGUUUCUGCCACGACGAGCUGCUGAUGAUUGUACUUAGGGCACCUCACCUCUCAUGUUGACAUUUCAGCCUGGUCGACCCACUUCGCGGACGACGUCGAUGGGCAUCCUUUUCUAGAUCCUUUGCAAUAGAACCCGGUGUUCCCUGAACGGUGGUUACAAUUCUUGUG